AUGAGGACUACCACCGUUCGUCCUUCCCCCAAGCGCCGCGUCAACUCCGGCUCCCCUUCCAAACAGUCUAGAUAUCCCCAGCUUCCUCCCCAUCUCCAACAACACUCCGCGCUCAACUCUGCCGCGAUCCAAGCGCUCAUGUAUGCCCAACAGCAGAAGCAGCAACAGCAGGGCUGGAUUGGAGUCAACAACAACAUGCCCCUCGGGUAUGCCCCAGGCCCGCUCGUGCAACUUCCCCCGGGCGCCGCCAUCCCCACUAUGGGGUACCCCGGCGUCCCGCGCAUGAUGGCCCCAAGCCAGUAUCACGUCCAACAGGCCCUCGCAAUGCAGCAGGCCCAACUCGUUCACCAAGCCCAGCUCGCGCAACAGGUUUAUGCCCAGCCCCAGCCGCAGAUUCUGCAACUCGUCCAUCCGCCCAUGGACAUCGACCCGAUCAAGGACAACUUUGUGUACGUGCAGGACGAGGUCCGCGAGGAGGUCGAUAGCAAGGUCAUGGAGGCCAUCAAGAAGCGCGCGCUGUUCGUCGCGCCGCCGCUCGGGCGCAUCCGGAUCCCGCAGGCGUGCGAGAGGUGCAGGAAACGGAAGACGAAGUGCACCGGCGAGAAACCCCAGUGCAAGCGGUGCCAGAAGCGUGGCUAUGAGUGCGAAUACGUUAUGGAACAUCGGGCCAACAAGACCAAGAAGGCGCUCGCUGAACGCGAAGAAGCGGCGCGCCUGGCGGAGGAGGAGGCUACCGUGAACGGCCAAAUUCCGGUGAUGUAUGACGAUCCAUCGGUCAUGCCUAUGUGUCCUACUGCUGGGCCUGCGUGGUCCAACUCCUCUGGCUACUCUGCUGCUAGUGCUUCGUCUCUGCCGCCGCCUCACCUGUACGCUGGUCAGCCUCACUACCCUCAUGGGGUGCUUGCAUACUCCUCGGCUCCUGGAUAUUCGACGAACUCGCUAGCGUCUGCGCUCGGUACCCCUGCCAUCAUGAUCGAGGGCCGUCCUCUCGUCUCGAGCUCCUCAAACAUGCGUCUCCAGGCUCCUCCUGCGCCCAUCGCUUCUCGGUCUCGCUCGAAUUCUCGCGCCAAACGUCCUGCCGCGGCCAGCCGUCCUACGCCUUCUCACUCGGCGAACGAUCUGCAGGCGGUCUCUAGGUCUACGUCUACCAUGUCUAUGCAGCAGUCCGAUAUGCCCCUUCCGGCUGCCUCGCCCUCUUGUCAAGCCUGCCUGUCCGAGAUGUCCAACUGCAACGCGUGCGAAAUGGAGAAGCAGUCUAUGCAACCUCAUCAGCACUACACAGAGGUCCACGGAAACCACACGACACCCAUCACGGUCGACCCGCCCGUAUGCGGUCCUUUCCCUCCAUCGCCUCCGCCGCAGGUCAAGCAACACCUCCUCAAUGCGGUCAAUCGCGCCCUCGCCAAGCAGGCCGACGAUAGGGCGCGCGCCAACAGUGUCUCCAACGCUGUCUCCCCUGAGGACAACGGGGCUAUGCCCGUCCCACCGAUGCUCUUCCGCGACGGCUCAUCUUCGUCGUCUGGCUCCGACGGGCAGUCACACUCCGGCUUGCAGACCCCGCACGACUACUUCACAUACCCGGGGGGCUCUGGAACGUAUGGCGGGCAGAGCACACUUUCGCCUGCUGGAUAUGGCAAUGUCGAACAGGGGAUGGUGAAGAGCUCCGAGAGCAUGAUCGAGGCCAGCGCGUAUCGGGGCAUGUACGACUCGUCGCCGGGUGAGAUGCAGCAGGCGCAGCAACCCGGCUGCAACGGAGAGGGAGGGAUGCAGUUCGACGACUACUUCCACUCGUUUGAGCCGGGUCCCUCCGAUUCCAUGCACUCCGUCUACGACUCGGAGUACUAG